AUGACCAAAAACAAAACUUCGAGCUGUCCAGGAAACGCUGAAAUUUCAGAAAAUGUGCGACAAGGGCUUUCUUUUUGGCUUUUUAAGGCACCAACACAAAUACUCCCAACAAUAAGCGACUCCAGCUUUUGCGAAACACCACUGAAAAUUUACCUAUCUAAAUUCCUGGUUAAUGGAGAUAGAGAUGAGAAGAGAGAACUAUACAUUUCGAUGAUUUUGGGAGUUGGAAAGAACAUCAAGGCCAGGAGACAUACUAAAGGCAAUUAUGUUGCCGUCUGGUGAUGCACUGGUGACCUUUAUUAA